AAAAUACUCAUUUCUUCUUCCCCUCCCUCCUCCUCGCCGGAGAGAGAAGACGACGAUGAGAAUCCGCCUCCUCCUCCUCUUCCUCCUCGUCCACAUUUCCCAUUCCUUCGGCGCACGCGUCGUCUCUGAGUACCGAGCCUUGCUUACUGUCAAAUCCGCCAUCACCGACGAUCAAUCCGCGCUCGCCUCCUGGAAUGCCACCACCUCCCACUGUUCCUGGGCUGGUGUCACCUGUGACCUUUCCGGCCAACACGUCACUUCCUUGAACCUUUCCGGCCUUAACCUUACGGGGACGCUUUCACCUGCCCUGGCUCACCUACGCUUCCUCCAAAACCUGUCUGUUGCGUUGAACCAGCUCUCAGGGCCCAUUCCCACUGAGCUUUCGGCUCUCUCUGCUCUCCAAUUUCUCAACCUUUCGAACAAUGUCUUCGACGGUUCAUUCCCUCACCAACUCUCUCAGUUGAAAAACCUCCAGGUUCUCGAUUUGUACAAUAACAAUCUGACCGGGGAGUUGCCGGUUUCCGUUACGCAGCUUCCUAAUUUGAGGCAUUUGCAUUUGGGCGGAAACUAUUUCAGUGGUCAGAUCCCGCCGUCGUAUGGCAGCUGGGAGUUUUUGGAGUAUUUAGCGAUUUCCGGCAACGAGCUACUCGGUAAAAUCCCUCCGGAAAUCGGUAACUUGACCAAGCUACAGCAGCUGUAUAUUGGUUAUUACAACAACUUUGAAGGAGGCUUGCCCGCGGAGAUCGGGAACUUGUCGGAGCUAGUGAGGUUCGAUGCCGCCAACUGCGCUUUAUCCGGCCAGAUACCACCAGAAAUCGCUAAGUUGCAGAAGCUGGAUACACUUUUUCUCCAAGUGAAUGUUCUCUCGGGUCCUCUUACGCCUGAGCUUGGGAGUUUGAAGAGCCUGAAAUCCAUGGACUUGUCAAACAAUUUUCUCACCGGAGAUAUACCGGACACUUUUGCGCAGCUCAAGAACUUGACGCUGUUGAAUCUGUUUAGGAACAAGCUCCAUGGGUGGAUUCCGGAGUUUAUCGCUGAGUUGCCGGAGCUGGAGGUGCUGCAGUUGUGGGAAAAUAACUUUACUGGGAGCAUUCCUCAGGGGUUGGGAACUAAUGAAAAGUUGCAGCUUCUUGACGUUUCUUCCAAUAAGUUGACAGGAACUCUGCCGCCGGACAUGUGCUCCGGUGACAAUUUGCACACUGUGAUUACUUUGGGCAACUUCUUGUUCGGUCCGAUACCAGAAUCAUUAGGGAAGUGUCAGUCUUUGAGUCGGAUUCGGAUGGGAGAGAACUUCCUUAAUGGGUCGAUUCCGAAGGGGCUUUUCGGGUUGCCGCAGCUCACCCAAGUUGAAUUGCAAGAUAACAUUCUCACUGGAGAGUUCCCCGUGACAGAUUCCAUAUCUGAGAAUCUGGGUCAGAUCAGUCUUUCCAACAAUCAGCUUACCGGCUCGUUACCAGCUACAAUCGGUAACUUUUCCGGGGUGCAGAAGCUGCUUCUUGACGGUAACAGGUUCUCGGGUCAGAUCCCUCCGGAGAUUGGUAGAUUGCAGCAGCUGUCAAAAAUGGACUUCAGCCACAACAAGUUAUCCGGACCCAUUGCCCCAGAGAUUAGCCAAUGCAAGAUGUUAGCUUUCAUUGAUCUUAGUCGAAAUGAUCUUUCCGGUGAGAUUCCGACUGAGAUCACAGGUAUGAGGAUACUGAAUUACUUGAAUCUGUCAAGAAAUCAUUUGGUUGGUAGUAUUCCUGGGUCAAUAGCUUCUAUGCAGAGUUUAACUUCUGUUGAUUUCUCGUAUAACAAUCUCUCUGGUUUGGUUCCGGGCACGGGUCAAUUUAGUUACUUUAACUACACAUCAUUUUUGGGGAAUCCUGGACUCUGUGGCCCUUAUUUGGGACCCUGUAGAGAUGGGGUUGCUAAUGGAACCCAUCAAACCCAUGUGAAGGGGGGACUCUCUCCUUCUUUGAAGCUUUUGCUUGUUAUUGGGCUGCUUGUGUGCUCCAUCUUGUUUGCAGUUGCGGCAAUAUUCAAGGCAAGAUCAUUGAAGAAGGCUAGUGAGGCCCGAGCUUGGAAAUUGACAGCAUUCCAGCGCUUGGAGUUCGCUUGUGAUGAUGUCUUGGAUUGCUUGAAGGAGGAUAACAUUAUUGGGAAAGGUGGUGCAGGAAUUGUGUACAAGGGGGUUAUGCCUAAUGGUGAUCAGGUUGCGGUGAAGAGACUACCUGCAAUGAGCCGGGGGUUUUCUCAUGACCAUGGAUUUAAUGCUGAGAUACAGACUCUGGGAAGGAUUAGGCACAGGCAUAUUGUUAGACUGUUGGGUUUCUGCUCAAAUCAUGAGACUAAUCUUUUGGUCUAUGAGUACAUGCCUAAUGGAAGCUUGGGAGAGGUUCUUCAUGGCAAGAAAGGGGGUCAUUUGCAUUGGGAUACAAGGUAUAAGAUUGCCGUGGAGGCUGCUAAGGGCCUUUGCUAUCUGCACCAUGAUUGCUCGCCUUUGAUUGUCCAUCGUGAUGUGAAAUCAAACAACAUCCUUCUGGACUUUAAUUUUGAAGCUCAUGUUGCUGAUUUUGGCCUGGCUAAAUUCCUGCAAGAUUCGGGCACAUCCGAGUGCAUGUCUGCAAUUGCCGGUUCUUAUGGUUACAUCGCCCCAGAGUAUGCUUACACACUGAAGGUAGAUGAGAAGAGCGAUGUGUACAGCUUUGGUGUGGUGCUGUUAGAACUUGUUAGUGGUAGAAAGCCAGUAGGAGAGUUUGGUGAUGGCGUAGACAUUGUUCAAUGGGUACGGAAAAUGACAGAUUCAAAGAAGGAAGGAGUUCUCAAAAUCCUGGACCCCAGACUCUCUUCAGUUCCACUCCAUGAGGUGAUGCAUGUGUUCUAUGUCGCGAUGCUCUGUGUUGAAGAACAAGCUGUAGAGCGCCCAAAAAUGCGCGAAGUUGUCCAAAUCCUUACAGAACUCCCAAAACCACCCUCCUCAAAACAGGGAGACUCCACAGUCAGUGAGUCCUCACCAUCACCAGCCACCGCCAUUGACUCUCUUAGUCCUAACACAACCAAGAACCCAAAAGACCAUCAACAACCGCCUCAAUCGCCACCACCGGAUCUUCUCAGCAUCUAAAGUAAUAACAUGUUUUGGAGGAGUGCUAAGUAUUUGCUUCUUCUAAAUUUCAUGAAUCAUGGUAGUUAUUUAUUACUUGUUGGUGUUCUUUUAUUUUCACUACUUUUUGGUGGGUGGGGGGAUUUGCUCUAACUUUAAGGCGUUUGAAAGCUUUUUUGUGUACAGUAGGAUUGGUGGGGAGGGGGUAUUAUUUACUUGUAAACUUUUGUAUUCUUCAUCUCAUCAGUGCUGCCAUUCUGCCGUGUUAAAACUGUUGUA